UAUUCCCGGGAUUCCACACAGGAAGGUCACACCAUCCCCCACCAUCAUCAGGUAGGUGGUGAACAGUUAUUGGCAUUGAUCUAUGUACAAUGUUGUUUCUUACAAUGGUUUUCUUAUUGUAUAUUUAGAGUGGAACACUUGAGGAAUAUAAUAUUGUUGUUAAAGAAGAGUAUAAAGAGGAGGAUGAGGAGUAUGGAGUGCUGGAGGAGUUUUCAGGACACAUGGAUGUCCCAAUGGAGCCAUCCAAUACCAGAAACCCACCAGAGAGAUGUCCCCGUCCUCUGUAUUCCCGGGAUUCCACACAGGAAGAUCACACCAUCCCCCACCAUCAUCAGGGUGAAGAUCUGAUGAUCAUAAAAACUGAGUGUGACGUAGAAGAGGAGUAUGUGAGGGAUGAUCAGCAAUAUACGGAGGAGGCUGGAAUGACAAGGACCUUCAUAGAGGAGGAAACUCCUACAGAGAUCAGCACAGGACACGCCAUGGAGAAACCCUCAAAGGAUCGUCUCACUGUAUUUAUAGUUUGUAAAAUGGCAGAUGAGGACUCAAUACGAGAUUGUGGAGGAGAAAAGACAAUGAGCUCCACUAUGAAUGGAGGACUUCACGGUGUGGAUAGACCACGGAAUGCCUCUGAUUUUGAGCAACCUCGUACUGUGAGGGGUGGUGCCGGGAUUCAGGGGGAGAAGGAAUUUUUAUGUCCUGAAUGUGGGGAAAGUUUCAGUUCUGAAUUACGUUUUUCUGUACAUCAGAGAUUUCACACGGGGGAGAAGCUCUUUUCGUGUUCUGAGUGUGGCCAAUGUUUCCUUCAUAAAUCAGAACUUAACAUGCAUUAUACAUCUCACCAGGCGGAGAAGCCGUUUUGCUGUCCUGAGUGCGGGAAAUGUUUCUCACACAACUCCUUUCUUGUCAGACACCAGAGACUGCACACGGGUGAGAAGCCACAUUCCUGCCCUGAGUGCGGGAAAUGCUUUACACAGAGCUCAGACCUUGUCGUACAUCAAAGAUCUCACACAGAGGAAAAGCCCUAUACCUGCCCUGAGUGCAAUAAAAGUUAUAAACAUAAACCAUACCUCGAUAUACAUCGAAGAUCUCACAGGGAGGAUAAGCCGUAUCCCUGUCCCGAGUGCGGGAAAUGUUUUUCACACAAAUCAGAACUUUCUAUACAUCAAAAAUCACACUCAGGGGAGAAGCCGUAUUCCUGCCCCGUGUGCGGGAAGUGUUUUUUGCAGAAGUCUUGCCUUGUCAGACAUCAGAGAUUGCACACGGGAGAAAAGGUGUAUUCCUGCGCCGAGUGCGGGAAAUGUUUUCCGUGUAAUUCAGACCUUGUUGCACAUCAGAGGUCGCACACGGGCGAGAAGCCGUAUUCCUGCCCUGAGUGCGGGAAAUGUUUUUCAAAGAAGUCCCAUAUUUACACACAUCAGAGAAUGCACACGGGCGAGAGGCCGUACUCAUGCAGUGAGUGCGGGAAAGGUUUCUCACAGAAGUCCAAUCUCACAGCACACCAGUUGCGGCACGCUCAGGAAAAGAUUUUUUCUUGCCUUGAGUGUGGGGAAUGUUUUGGAAAGAAAUCAACGCUUAUCUCACAUCAGAAGUCUCACACAUCGGAGAAUCUGUAAUGCCCGUGCAGAAAACAUUACGUUGUUGUUACAUAUCAAGGAUCCCCGCACAGGGAAGUAGUGACGAGUGAACUGGCUUGGGUUCGAAACGCAUGGAAAAAGAUCUUUCCCGGACUUGAGUGUGGGAAUUUUUUGAAAAGAAAUCAACAUUUGUCUCACAAAGGAGAGAAUGCCCUGUGCGGAAAACGAAAUCAACAUUUGUCUCACAAAGGAGAGAAUGCCCGUGCGGAAAACAAAAUCAACAUUUGUCUCACAAAGGAGAGAAUGCCCGUGCGAAAAACGAAAUCAACAUUUGUCUCACAAAGGGGAGAAUGCCCGUGUGGAAUGCGAAAUCAACAUUUGUCUCACAAAGGAGAGAAUGCCCGUGCGGAAAACGAAAUCAACAUUUGUCUCACAAAGGAGAAAAUGCCUGUGUGGAAAACUAAAUCAACAUUUGUCCCACAAAGGAGAAAAUGGCCGUGUGGAAAACUAAAUCAACAUUUGUCCCACAAAGGAGAAAAUGGCCGUGUGGAAAACAAAAUCAACAUUUGUCCCACAAAGGAGAAAAUGCCCGUGUGGAAAACAAAAUCAACAUUUGUCUCACAAAGGAGAGAAUGCCCGUGUGGAAAACAAAAUCAACAUUUGUUUCACAAAGGAGAGAAUGCCCGUGCGGAA